AUGCUGCGGCUGCGGUGGGGGCUGAGGGUUGUGAACUGCGGCCUCUCCGCCCCGGGGAGCGCGGCGUGUGGCGGGCCCUGGCGCCGGCUGCGCAGCGUUCUCACAAUGGCUGAGGAUUUGAGAACAGCGGUCACCAGCCAGACGAAGAGACUGAACAGCAGCAGUGAGGUGGUUGAAAGGCUAGAAGAAAACGGACAUCAAAAUAAAAGGCUGAAGAGAGAUGCGGACGAGGAAGAUGCGGAGGAUCAGAAUAAAAAGUCACCCAAAAGGAAGAUUGUGUUGUUGAUGGCAUAUUCGGGGAAGGGCUACCAUGGGAUGCAAAGAAACGUGGGAUCUUCACAGUUCAAGACAAUUGAAGAUGACUUAGUAUCUGCCCUUGUUCAGUCAGGCUGCAUCCCAGAAAACCAUGGGGAAGAUAUGAAGAAAAUGUCUUUUCAGCGGUGUGCUCGAACAGAUAAGGGUGUGUCUGCAGCUGGACAGAUUGUGUCGCUAAAGGUCAGGCUAAUAGAUGACAUCUUAGAAAAGAUCAAUAACCAUCUUCCUUCUCACAUCAGAAUUCUGGGUCUGAAGAGAGUCACUGGGGGAUUCAACUCCAAGAACAAAUGUGAUGCCAGAACCUACUCUUACAUGCUGCCAACGUUUGCCUUUGCCCAUAAAGACCAUGAUGUGCAAGAAGAGGUUUAUCGACUGGACAAAGAGACCCUUGAAAAAGUCAAUAAACUGCUUGCGUGCUAUAAAGGAACACACAACUUCCACAACUUCACAUCUCAGAAGGGACCCAGGGACCCCAGCGCCAAGCGGUACAUAAUGGAGAUGUACUGUGGAGAGCCGUUUGUGAGGGAAAACAUAGAAUUUGCAGUGAUCAAAGUGAAAGGCCAGAGUUUCAUGAUGCACCAAAUAAGGAAGAUGAUUGGGCUGGUGAUAGCUAUUGUGAAAGGUUAUGCUGCUGAAUCUAUCAUAGAGCGCAGCUGGGGAGAGGAGAAAGUAGAUGUCCCCAAAGCCCCAGGACUUGGGCUGGUCUUGGAAAGAGUACACUUUGAAAAAUACAACAGACGGUUUGGAAAUGAUGGGCUGCAUGAGCCACUGGAGUGGACAGAGGAGGAGGAGAAGAUUGCUGUUUUCAAAGAGCAGUAUAUCUAUCCUACCAUUAUCAACACAGAAAGGGAGGAGAAAUCCAUGGCAAACUGGCUAAACACCCUCUCCAUUCAUGACUUCAACUCUUCUGCUGUUGGGAUGCAAGCUAACAACAAAAAUUCAAAGAACAGCAGUGAUCUUGAAGGCAGUGAUGGUUGUGAUGAUGAUUCCGACUGAGCCAGUAAGUGGCUGGACGUGGGACCCUUACUGCUUGCAAUUCCCUUUGUCCACAAAAAAGUGGCCUUUCUAAAUCCAAGAAUCCAGUAAAGCAGGGAUUUGUGUGCUUGCAGAACAAGAACCGGAUACCCAGGAGAAACUGGGUGGGGAAAACAGUGCAGUAGAAAAAGUAAAACAAGCUUUUUAUACCACUGACUGAUUCACCUGACUGGUAUACUUGAAAAUAGUGUAACGAGAAAGAAGCUUUCUAAAAGAAUCGUGUAACGCGGGAUAUCUUAAUUGCUAUUUGAAUAAUGUUUUUAUUAUAUGUUUACCUGGAAAAUAGUAUUUUAAAUAGGUAUCGCUACAUAAAGAUGGGGCAAAACAUUUUAAUAUACUCUUUUUUUUAAUUGUUAUUAUGAAGUUAUGACUCCAUGAACUUUUGAUAUUUUUUAUUAUUAUUUUCUUCACCUUUACUUAUUCUGAUCUCUAAACGCCAUUAAGCUUUUUUUUUCCAUGUCAUCCGUGACUUUCCUGUGGAAUAACAUGCCUGGGCUAGGAACUCAUUGUCAUGCUGACUGCUGUGAAUUCUUUUGGUAUUGAAACAAAUUUUCUGUGUUUUCUAAAGCUUUGCAAGUCUAAAAGAAAUGAUUCCUUACUCAGUGAGAGGUCUUAAUUUUGGAACAUGGUCUGAACCAUAUGUUUCAAGAUGAGACCUCCCAGUAUUGCCCAUGUGCUGGGGCAGACUCGAGAAUAUAGAUCUGCAGCUACGCGUGUAAUCGGGCCUUUACUUGCCUGAGGUGUCGUUUCAUACACCUGUAGUUGAGACGUGAGGAGAAGAUGUAAAUUAAUUGUUAGGACUGCAAUUCAAAGUGUGCAGCCAUGAACAUUCUAGCGUUGUCUGUGGUGGAUCACUACAUGUGUUGCUGCUGGUUUAGUAUUUCUGUUUUUAAUGGAAACUAUCUAGCCAUCUGCUAGAUUCGGGGUUGAAACAACUUAGCAUGCGUGAAAGGAAUGGUGCUGACUUCCUCUGGGCUUUAAUCAAGUCUGCAUUCACUUUGUGUGUAUGAACUGUUAAUUCCCAUCAAGCUGCUCAGAAUAGAGGAAUGUGUGCAAUGAUCUGGGAAGCACAUGUCUGAGGACUGUCUUCCUUUGGGAAUCGAUUUUAAUUUUCUGUGUUUUGGUGAUCUGCAUACUCUGGAGUUCUUGCUCUCCUUUCCCCAACUGUGGUUUGACUUCUGGUUUGUUUCCAACUCUCUGUGGAGGUGGUGGAUGAAAAAACAAGUGGAGGCAGCAGCCCUCCUGCCCUCCCUGCCUGUAGGACACUUUUGGAAGGGGAGGAACAAGACUGUGCAAGCAUUCGGGUGUUAGUGCAAGUGCUUGAUACGCUUCCCUAGCUGGGUCUGUAUGGAGACUUGCUUUGUAAUAUGGGAGUUACUAAAAAUGAGGAGUCAACUCUUUGCUCCUUCAUUCAGCAGUUUCUGGCCAAAACCUCUAAUUUUAUGGCUCCUUCUGGAAUUAGUUUGGGGUUUUUUUUUGCCAGAGCACAGCUGUCCUUUAAAAAGGGAUUUGCUUGUUUAUUUUAUCUGGGUUUUAAUUAGAGCUUUUUAUUUUAUUGUGAAGGCCUUGCUCUAUGAGAGCAAGUGUGUAAAAGUGUUCUGGAGAGGAACUCUACCUAGAUUUUAAUUUAUAUCCCUUGCUGGUUCAUACUAUUGACCUAAUCUGCAUUAGUCUUCUAUCCAAAGCUCCAUCUUUCUACCCCUUUCAAUCUGAAAAACAAAACCUUUAUUUGCUUAUAAUAAAGGCCCCAAAACUCACAUGUAUCUCAGCUGAAAUCAAGGAGAACUUCUAUUUAUAGCCUUUGGAGAAAACAAAAUAAUAAUAAUAAUAAAAGGAUAUUUCUUA